AGAACUUAAAGUGAGACAGAUAUAUGUUUGACAUUUGUCGAGAUAAGCAAGAAAAAGAGUUAUAGUGCAGUAUAGUGCAGGAACAGAAAAUAGACCAUACAUGUUAAAAAACAUAUCCUUUACAUUCACAGAUUAUUGCAGAUUAUGAAAAUGACUGCAUUCUCAUAACGCAUUGAACAUUUAUUAAAACAAAUAGAAACAGCAAAUUGAUUAUGGAGACACAACCAUUGAAAGUGCCCGAAAAUUCUCCACCGUCAUAUGCUGUCGCAACAGCUCCAACAGCUAAUCCAUCAUGGCAACCACCUCCCGGAUACUAUCCUAACAACACCGAUUCUGGCUAUCAACCUGGCUAUCAAGGAACCCAUGUCCCAUCAUAUGGCUCUACACAUUCCGCCGCAAUCAUUGUUCCAGAAAUUAUUAUAGUUGGCGGUUGUCCAGCAUGUAGAAUAGGAAUAAUGGAAGAUGAUUAUACAUGUCUUGGCUUGUUUUGUGCAAUAUUUUUCUUUCCUAUCGGAAUUAUCUGUUGUCUACUAUUAAGGACAAAACGUUGUUCGAAUUGCGGAGCUUAUUUUGAUUAAUUAAAAUUGAAACAUCACUCAGUGGUCUCAAAACUGCAAAAAGUUGGCUAAAAUAUGAAAGUGUUUUAUAUGAAAUUUUAUACCUAGUGGUUUUCGAGGUCACUGAUUAUACGAUCGAAUCCGAAAACAAAAAAGGAAAUGGAUCUAGCAUAACCAAUGUAUGUAGAAGU